UGAGUUUUGAACGAUAUUCUCCCUGCAGAUUCACCGUGACGAUGGCUAGACCGCGCCGUGUACCAUGGGCUUCCAAGUCUGACCUUGUAGACAUGUACGAACUUCUCUUCUCACCUGAGAGUGAUGCGCCAACACGAGCUAGGGGAAUGGCAAGAAUGUCAAUCUAUAUCUCCAGUCCAUCAUGUCCGGCCUUUUUACCCCUCCUGCAUUCUCUCAUCUCCGCUGCCGAGACCCCGGAACCUCGGACCGCUGAAGAGCGACAUCGAAUGAGGUUAGUUUGCGCCAUGGCCAUCGUUCGAUUCGUCAAUGGUCUAGUCGACCCUUUGCAGACAGGACCAUACGCUCGGCCUAUAGCUCAUCUUGCAAUCUCUCUCCGUCUUCCUCCUUCACUCAUCUCACUCCGACAUCGAGCGACUCAUGAGGAUCUUCCACCCUUAGAUACUCUUCUCGGAGCCGUCAAGCAGGCCAUACAGUAUUUGCACGAUUCUUCCUUCGUCCCGUUGAUCUCUCAAGAUCCAUCGUCGACCACCGCCCAGAUGGCGCGAGGCGGAGGCGGGGACAGACCAGCGGAUAAAUUGAUCAAGCGAUGGAAACGAGUCAACAAAUCUCGUCUGAGAGAGAAAGAAGUAGGAAGUGAGAAUGCUUCAGGGAGAGAAAUACAAAGUAUCAAGAGGGAUCUAGAGAGGAUCGACAAGGCUGAAUUGGUCGAGGCUCUCGUAUCGCAAGGCGGUUUGGUCCCACUGGCCGAAUCGAAGCGACCCAGUCAAGACGGAAUGGCGCCAAGUGAUGCUUCGUUGCAGAUAUGGUCCCCGCUUUUGUCAUCUCUGGUGGAGCUGCACCCGGAUUUUAUCGACACACUUUCACAUCGUAUACUCGAUGGAGUCUCACCAAUUUCAGAGCCCCUGGAACCCAAAACAACAGAAACGCGAGAUCGCGAUGGAUCGUAUAGAUGGGGGCUGGCAACUUGGCUCUUGCAUCUAUGGACAAAGGACGACGAAGCGGCUUUAUCAUUAGAAGCGAAACGGGAUCUAUGGAAGACGCUUCUGGGAUGUCUGGUCACCAACGACCCACAUCUGCGCAGAUUGUAUUCUCAGCUGCUCGUCCUAGAUUCUACGCUGAAACCAAUCGCCCUUGGAGAGCUCUUGCGAUUCACUGGAGCGGGUGAUGACAUGCAAUUGGACGGCGAGGAGAAUCUGAAAGGCUUGGAAGAAGUCGAUCAACCCCGGCCCCGAGUGUUGGAGAAUGGGAAUCUAGAAGCAAAACUCGCCGAGAUGGAUGAUCGAUUACGGCGUGUGAAGUCUUUGCGAGAGCAGGUCGACGAUCGUCGCAUACGGUCCGUGGUGGAUGACGAUUCUGUUGCUUCUUCUUCCGAUCCACCAGGAUGGCGCCGUUUGUCGAGACUUGAGUGGAGUAGCAGGCCAAUCGGUCAGAGGAUAACAGCAUAAUGCAACAACGUUGACGGGUGUCUCUCACAGAGAUUCGCUAUUCUGUUCACGCUCACUUGCGCAGCAGAUGAAAGGAUCC